AUGUGGAUGGAUUUUAAUCCCAAGUUGGGAACCAAGAGACCAAGGGACGCAACUGCAAUCACUUUUACCAAGGAAGAUGCAACAGGAGUGAUCUUUCUGCAUAAUGAUGCUUUUGUGAUCUCCCUGCAAAUUGGAGCAGCGACAGUGAAGCGAAUGAUUGUAGACCAAGUGGGACUUAAUGCAACCCCAGUUUGGCCGCUUGGAAGGAUAAGAAUGCCAGUCACGGUCGGUCCAAGAACAGUUGAGGUGGAUUUCCUUGUUAUAGAUAUAUCCUCUACAUAUAAUGCAAUCAUGGGCAGGACCUGGCUCCACUUAAUGGAGGUUGUUCCCUCAUCUUAUCAUCAGAUGCUCAAAUUCCCCUACGGGGACAAGGUGGUGGAGAUAAGAGGAGACCAGGUUGCCUCAAAAGGGUGUUUUAUGGCAAAAGCAAAGCAUGCAGUAAGAAUAAUGAUGAUGGAAGAAGAGGCUCCAGUCCUAUAG